CGUUUAAGUUCUGUUAAUUUUAAUUUGACGUUGGCGGGUUUGCGGCUGGUGAUGGAGGGAGGAAGUGGAAGUGAAAGUUCUUCUUUAAAACAAGUUCUAUUGAUGUUGUAUUAGUAUUUUAAUAAUUAGAUGGAUUUAGAAGUUCCUCAGUGUAAAAUCACUCCAUUCGUCAUUCUUGAUAGCUUUUCAUAAACAAUGGAUCACUUACCUAUAGAUGGCUUAAAAUAUAGAAAAAAUAACAACAACUAUAAAGAAAAUGGUUUGCUUGAUAACGAAAUUAAAUUAAACAAUAAAAGCGAUGAUACACGAAAAGGAAAAGUUAUUGGCUUAGUGUUUGUGUCUUUGCUUCUGGAUCUUUUAGCUUUUACAAUGAUUUUACCAUUAUUGCCAUCAUUACUUGAUUAUUACGACAAGGAGGAGGGUAAAGGAAAUUCAUUGUAUGCAACUUUAGUAUAUGCUGUGAGAAGCUUCCAGAAGUUGACUGGUGCACCUGAUAGGUUUGCAUCAGUGCUGUUUGGAGGAGCACUGGGUUCUAUGUACAGUUUCUUGCAAUUCCUCACAAGUCCUAUUGUCGGCAGUUUAUCAGAUGCAUAUGGAAGAAAACCUAUGCUGUUAAUUUGUUUAUUAGGAAUAGCAUUGUCUCAUGCAUUAUGGAGUUGCGCAAGUACUUUCAGUAUGUUUGUAUUGGCUCGGUUCAUAGGAGGCUUGAGCAAGGCAAAUGUAAGCCUUAGUAUGGCUAUUGUCACAGAUGCUUCCGGAGAAAAGACAAGGGCACGUGGAAUGGCUCUCGUAGGUUUAGCAUUUUCCAUUGGAUUCAUAGUAGGUCCUAUGGCGGGCGCCUGGUUCGCGAAGACGAACGACGCUAACUUUGGCCUAUGGGGCCAGAGACCUGCUCUGUAUGCUCUCUCUUUGUCACUAGCCAACAUUGCACUUGUGUUUUUGUUUUUGCCAGAAACACUGUCAAAGGAUAAAAGAGCACCUCUCUCUCUGUCUCUCUCUAAAGCCAUCGAAUAUGUCUCCCCAUGGCACCUUUUGAAAUUCUCCGCUGUUGAGAAUCUGUCGCAACAUCAAAACAAAGUAUUAUCUAAAUUGGGACUGAUUUACUUCAUAUAUUUGUUUAUUUACUCUGGCCUCGAGUUUACAAUAACUUUCCUGACGCACCACACCUUUGCCUACACCGCUAUGCAGCAAGGGAAAAUGUUUCUAGUUAUCGGUGUGAUAAUGGCGGUGCUGCAAGGGGGCGCGGCGCGACGGCUGGGCCCGCGUGGUGCGGAGACUGUGGCGCGGUUGGCCCUAGCCCUUACGCCCGCCUCCUUCCUGUGCGUGGCUCUCGCAGCCUGCGCUGACCCCGCACUCUUAUCGCCCAUCGCCUGGCUGUGGGCAGGACUUGUAGUUUUCGCAGUGUCGACAGCAUUCGCGGUGUCGUGUAUGACGUCACUGGCAGCUGCGCAGGCGCCGGAAGGCGCGCGGGGUGCUGUGCUGGGGGCGCUGCGUUCGCUGGGCGCGCUCGCCCGUGCCGCCGGACCUCUCCUCGCCUCUGCAGUGUCCGGGCGAGCGGGUGCAGCUUAUAAGGAGAAUCUGCGUCUCAAGAAGGAACUGGAACAAUUGGAGGAAGAGAACAACAUGUUACGUCUUAAAUUCGAAAUCCUAUUGGACAUGAUGACUGACAAGACUGUUGAAGCGGAGCAGCAGCAGCAGACGGAUGUACAGCGUGCACAGAGCCUCAGCUCAUUGAAGAAGGCUAAAAAGCAGAAGUGGUGAAUGUAUUCAAGACUUCUGCUUCUUAAUAUUACUUUGGGAUUCGACUGCUGUAUUAAUGCAUAUUGUUGUCUUUCUUUUGUACAAUGACAAUGAAAGAGAUGAAAAUAAGAUAAAUACAAGACAGUGCAAAGUCCUCAUGUUAUCUUUUACUGUAAAUAUUAUUGUAACCAAUGAUCUCUAUAUAUAGAUCAAAACAUAUUGUUAAGUAAAAUAACAAUUAAACUGAUUACAUUGAAGAA